CAUAUGACCCAACCGAGUGAUCAUUAUCAAGUGCUAGUGUUAGCUUUGAAUACACUGUCACUGGAUGAGGCGGUGGUGAAGCUUAGUCUCCGUCUCUGAGAAAGAAAACGUCAUCAUGUCCAGCAAGCCAAUCUUUCUUAAAGUAGUUCUCCUGGGAGAUGGUGGGGUAGGCAAAUCCUCUCUCAUCCAGCGUUUCGUGAGCAACAAAUUUGAUCCAAGCAUGUUUCACACGAUCGGCGUAGAAUUCCUAAACAAAGACAUGGAAGUCGACAGCAAUCGCUACACGCUACAAAUCUGGGACACGGCAGGCCAGGAGCGAUUCAAGAGCCUGCGGACUCCAUUUUACCGUGGCAGCGACUGCUGUCUGUUAACAUAUGCCGUCGACGACUCUCAGAGUUUUCAAAACCUCACCAUGUGGAAGAAAGAGUUUCUAUAUUACGCUGAUGUCAAAGAGCCUGAUAGUUUCCCAUUCAUCGUCAUUGGUAAUAAAGUAGAUGUACCGGAUAGGAAAGUCACACCAGAAGAAGCAGCAAGAUGGUGCGAAGAGAACAAUAAGAUGCCAUACUAUGAAACAAGCGCGAAGGACUCUACUAAUGUUGAGCAGGCAUUUGAGGCAGCCAUUAAGAGAAUAUCUAGUCUCGGGCACCUCUCAGUUUCGAAAAAGACUGAUUACGCUGUCGACUUAAAUAAGAAGAAGCAAUCUGGUGGAGGUUGCUGUGCAUAAUGGGCUGGGAUGAACUACUAAAAGGUAGUCCACCUGUUAUUAUUUUUGUUUUAUAGCUUAUUAUUGGCAGAUAUGAUGAUCCUUUAUUAUUAUUAUUAUUAUUAUUAUUAUUAUUAUUAUUAUUAUUAUUAUGCUAGUAUUAUUAUAGUGUUAUAAUUUAUUCUUAAUAUCCAUCUUCACUCAUUUUUCUUGUCCUCUCUUGCUCUCUUCUCCCCCUUUCUGUUAUUCUCUUUCAUAUUUAUGUUUUAUGUGUUGUUGCUGUGUGAGUGUGUGUUUCCUUUCUUACAAGUAGAAAUUUUGAUCACUUUCUGAACUAUUUUACAAGUAUUAUAAUUUAUUAUUAUUAUAUUGAAUUAAUUAUAGUGCACACUACGUACAUGUAUAAUUUAAUUUAUGCAUUAUUAUACCUCUCACUCUUCUCUUUUCCCUCUCCUUUCUCUCUUUGUCAAUCUUUACCAAAUUACCAGAAAUUAAAAUGAUUUUUCAGAUUUAUGAACAAUAA